GACCGGAAGUGCAACGCUGCGGGUGUUACUCUAAAAGCCGCCCUCCGCUUUCUCGCCGGAAGUCGUCGCCUCCACGGCGGAAGAGGCGCGACCUGGACUUCUGUCGGCUAUGUCCACGAACAAUAUGUCGGACCCACGGAGGCCGAACAAGGUGCUGAGGUACAAGCCCCCGCCGAGCGAGUGUAACCCGGCCUUGGACGACCCGACGCCGGACUACAUGAACCUCCUCGGCAUGAUCUUCAGCAUGUGCGGCCUCAUGCUUAAGCUGAAGUGGUGUGCUUGGGUCGCCGUCUACUGCUCCUUCAUCAGCUUUGCCAACUCCCGGAGCUCAGAGGACACCAAGCAGAUGAUGAGUAGCUUCAUGCUGUCCAUCUCUGCAGUGGUGAUGUCCUAUCUGCAGAACCCGCAGCCCAUGACGCCCCCUUGGUGAUGCCAGGCCAGCUGGGUCCCAUCCCGGCCGCCAUAUAGCCCCCUUUCCCCAGGCUUGGCCUUUGGCUGCUCAGCAUCCUGCCCUCAGCUGCUGUCAUGGGCUUCCCUGGGUGAGGAGGGCCUCGGGGUCCCAGCUGAAUGGAGGGAACCUGGCCCUUUGCCUGGCCCCCACUUUUACGGAGGCACAGAGGGUAACUUGGUAGGCCUACCCCCUCCCGCCUCCUCCUCCCCCCGGCCUGCUGCUGAAGGAGCUGUCCACGUUUCUAGGUGCUUCUGCCUGUUUUCUUGUUGAAACCGUUAAUAAAGUUUUUCACUUUGACUCUC